GGGAAACGAAUCGCGCUCGUGUGGUUGCCGGCUCAAACCGGCUCCUCCGUCACCCGUCACCCCUCCUGUCGCCGCCGCGCGCCUGUUUAAGCAGUCAUGGCGUCACGCCAGCUCCGACUCUCGUUGCUGCCGUCUGGCUUCCCAAGAGCAGUUUUUUCCGCCAGCAAACCCAGGUUACAGCUCACGCCCAAGCUCCCAAGCACUGCGAGGAUGUCGACUAUCGCCGCCUUCAAGAUUCCCAAGGUGGCCAAUGAGCCCAACCAACACUAUGCCAAGGGUUCUGCCCAGAGAGCAGGCUUGAACGCCGCGCUCGAGAGCCUGCAGAAGAAAGGCGCCCUGGAGGUGCCUCUCGUCAUCGGCGGAAAAGAGAUCAAGACUUCCUCGACCGGCAGGCAGGUCAACCCGGCCGAUCACCAGACCACCGUGGCCACCUAUUCGCAGGCAUCGCCGCAGCAUGUCAAAGACGCCAUCGACGCCGCGCUGGCUGCCAAGGCCGAUUGGGAGUCCCUGCCGUUCGCCGACCGUGCAGCCAUCUUCUUGAAGGCAGCCGACCUCAUCAGCAACAAGUAUCGCUAUGACAUCAUGGCGGCCACGAUGCUGGGGCAGGGCAAGAACGCCUGGCAGGCCGAGAUCGACGCCGCAGCCGAGCUCUGCGACUUCCUCCGCUUCAACGUGCAGUAUGCCGAGGAGCUCUACGCCCAGCAGCCCGUGCACAACUCGCCCGGGGUGUGGAACCGGGUCGAGUACAGGCCGCUCGAGGGUUUCGUCUACGCCGUCAGCCCCUUCAAUUUCACCGCCAUCGCCGGCAACCUGCCGGGCCUCCCGGCGUUGCUUGGGAACGUCGUGGUCUGGAAGCCGAGCGACUUUGCCAUUGCCAGCAACUGGCUGCUGUACAACAUCCUGCUCGAAGCCGGCCUGCCGCGGAACGUCAUCCAGUUCGUGCCGGGCAAUCCGGAGGAGGUGACCAAGGAGGUGUUGGCGCACAGAAAGUUCGCGGCGCUGCACUACACCGGCAGCACCGCCGUGUUCCGCAAGCUGUACGGCCAGAUCGCCGCCGGGGUAGCCGAGGGCCGGUACCAGACGUACCCGCGCAUCGUCGGCGAGACAGGCGGCAAGAACUUCCACCUGAUCCACUCGUCGGCGGACCUGGAAAACGCUGUGGUGCACACGGUGCGCGGCGCCUUCGAGUACCAGGGCCAGAAGUGCAGCGCUACCUCGCGGCUGUACGUGCCGGCGUCGGUGUGGCCACGAUUCAAGACCCGCCUGGUCGAGGAGACGCAGAAGCUGGCGGUGGGCAACCCGUGGGACCACAAGAACUUCGUCGGCCCGGUCAUCCACGAGGCUUCCUUCAAGAAGCUCUCGGGAGUGAUUGACGAUGCCGCCAGCGACCAGGACCUCGAGUUGCUCACCGGCGGCAGCUACGACAAGUCGAAGGGAUAUUUCGUGCAGCCGACCAUCUACCAGGUGCGGACGCCCGACCACAAGCUCCUCUCGACGGAGCUGUUCGGGCCGAUUCUGGCCGUCUAUGUCUACGACGACAGCACAGACCCGGUCGGCGCGUUUGCGCGGGUCUGCGAGCUGGUGGACGCGACCGGCGACUACGGCCUGACCGGGUCGGUGUUUGCGGCCGACCGGGCGGCGAUCCGGCUUGCCGAGGAGAAGCUCCGCAAUGCGGCGGGCAACUUCUACAUCAACUGCAAGAGCACGGGCGCCGUCGUGGGCCAGCAGCCGUUCGGCGGCAGCCGGGCGAGCGGGACCAACGACAAGGCCGGCAGCAUCGCCAUCCUCUCGCGGUUCGUCAGCAUGAGGAGCAUCAAGGAGGAAUUCAGCGCCACCACGCGGGUGGAGUAUCCGAGCAACGAGGCUUGACAGACGUGGGGGCGGCGGGAAGGAACUUAUCUAACCAGGGGUGGUUAACGUUAUCGACCCUGAAUUUGGCAAUGACUAGUGUAUGAAUCUGAGCCGCGGAAGCACAACAAGCACUGCUCCGCAGUACAGAGCAAGAGCCUGGGAGAUGACCGGGCCCAGACGGAUAAACACGGGACGAGUGAUACAUUACAUAGGACACGUAUGAUGAGGACGGAGCCAAGUCUGUUGGUCGGAAUGUCUCAUUUGCCUUGAAAUUCAAUUCCGUGGUGGCUCUGUAAAACGGGAACCAGUUUUGCAGUCGACACGCGAGCACUGGGGGUGAGCUCCGAGCGGAACGGCGAACCGGCUGCGGGCGUGUUCAAAGCAUUGGACAGGGUGCCGUGACGAUCAGCGAGGCCGCAGGUUCCUCAGGAGGGGCGUGGCCGUCUUGCUCGACCGCCGUUGGACAGCCGGGUGCUGUCGUGCUUGAGCGGCUUUGAAGUUGCCCCCCUUCCCCCGGAAGCUCUCGCGGGACCCAAAGCAGUUGAAUUCGAUCAUAGCCGGGGACCCCUACAGAAAAAGAGCCUGGCAACACGGGCCCAAAAUUUGCAAAGGGUCACAUUUACUGUAGGCGCUGCCCACUUCACCAACAUCACCCGGGGAUCGGGCCAAUCAGCGCCCGGGAUCGCACCUCGUGCCUCGUACAAGGGAGCUGAGCACGCGACCGUUCUUGCCUCCCCCAGCUUCCACCCCGGGUCAGGCACUCGCCCCUCCCCCGUCCCUCUGCGGUUGCGUGCGUCGUGACCUCGGGCUGA